AUAAAUAAACCCUAAAAUACUCCUUAACAAAAACUCCCAUCAACCCUAAUCAUUUCGUGCUCUGCUUCUCUCAGAAACCAGAGCAUCGGCAUGGCCACCUUCACAUUCCCUCUCUUCCUCUCUCUCCUCCUCCCAAUCUUCGCCUUUGCAGCUUCCGCUGAAACAGGUACUGUUGGAAUAAACUACGGCCGGAUAGCCGACAACUUACCGCCGCCCGAAAAAGUGGUGGCACUCCUCAAAUCCCAAGGCAUCAACAAGGUGAAGCUCUACGACACCGACGCCACCGUCCUCACGGCCCUCGCUAACUCCGGCAUUAGCGUCGUCGUCGCCCUCCCCAACGAUCUCCUCUCUUCCGCCGCAAGCGACCCCUCCUUCGCCGACAAAUGGGUCCAAUCCAACAUCUCCCACUACCACCCCAAAACCCAAAUCGAAGCCAUCGCCGUCGGCAAUGAGGUCUUUGUCGACCCAAACAACACCACCCAAUUCCUCGUCCCCGCCAUUAAAAACAUCCAGUCUUCCCUCGUCAAGUACAACCUCAGCUCCAUCAAACUCUCUUCCCCAAUUGCCCUCAGCUCCCUCAAUUCCUCGUACCCGCCUUCUGCCGGAGCCUUCAAACCCGACUUAAUCGAGCCCGUCAUCAAACCCCUUUUGGAAUUUUUAACCCAGACAUCGUCGUAUUUGAUGAUAAACGCCUACCCGUUUUUCGCGUACGAGUCCACCUCCGACAAGAUUUCUCUCGACUACGCUCUGUUCCGGACCAACCCGGGAAAUCCAGACUCGGGUAACGGCCUGAAAUACUACAGUUUGCUAGAGGCCCAAAUCGACGCCGUUUUCGCGGCCAUGUCGGCUGUGGGACAUGGCGACGUAAAGGUGGUGGUGACUGAGACCGGAUGGCCCUCCAAAGGUGACGAGAACGAGAUUGGCUCAGGGCAAGCCAAUGCGGCGGCGUAUAAUGGAAACUUGGUGAGGAGAGUUUUGACGGGAGGUGGGACCCCCUUGAAGCCAAAGGACCCACUCAACGUCUAUCUAUUCGCCCUGUUUAACGAGGAUCAGAAGCCCGGGCCCACAUCGGAGAGGAACUACGGACUGUUUUAUCCGGACGAGACGAAGGUUUACGGCAUAACGCUUACGGCGGCCGGCCUGAGUGGGGACCAGUCAUCUCCGGCCAAUGAGAGUAAGGUUCUGGUCCCGACUGCGUCGCCUUCCGCCGGGAGCACGUGGUGCGUGGCGAAUGCGAAGGCAGGGGAGGAGAAGCUUCAGGCCGCACUGGAUUAUGCUUGCGGGGAGGGAGGAGCUGACUGUCGUCCGAUUCAGGAGGGGUCCACGUGUUUCACUCCUAACACGCUUGAGGCGCACGCUUCGUAUGCGUUCAACAGUUUUUAUCAGAAGAGAGCGCGCGGGACUGGCACGUGCAAUUUCGGCGGUGCUGCCUACGUUGUUGCUCAACCUCCAAAGUAUGGGACGUGCGAGUUUCCGACAGGUUACUGAAGGAAGAAAUUAAGAUGAGGGUUGUUUUAGUUUGAUGAGUAAUUAUUCUGAUAGGUCUGAUGUUAGUUGGGACUUAUCUUAUAUUUUAGUGCUACAUUUAUAUGGAUUAUAGAGCAGUAGAAACCCAUUUUAUUACAUUUGUAUUUGCAUUUAUUUAUUUAUUGUUAUCAUCAUUAUUUAAUGAAUAUAGUAAUUUCGAUUA